AUGUUGGCGCCCCGAAGAAUACGGCCUUGGCGCUGCACGAAUUGUUGGAGGAAUCUGCCAGUCCUCGAGAUGACUGUCCGUCCAUUGGGUCUGCGUCGCACUCUUUGGGCCUUUGCAAGCCGUGCGACUUCAAGUGUCGGUCAUCCUGCAGAUUUGGCUACGAGUGUAUGUUUUGUCACAUUUGUGGCCCAGCAGAAAGUCGGAAAUGGAAAAAAACACAGGAAGAACUACUGGAACCAGGCCAAGGCGAUCUUCCGCAAGAUGCAGCCGCCAGAGAGGACACCUGUGGCAAGCAAUGCCAUGGUCACUUUAGACCUCCAUUCGGCGCUCUCCUUGGACUUCUGA